AUGCGUCCUCUUCUCGUCGCUGCACUCUUUGCGGCCGCCUCAAACGGCCAAUUACUUGGCUUGUUUGACACAGUGUUCCCAGGCCAUGGCCAGGAGCAGCCCAGCGUGACUACGGGUUCCGAAUCUCGCGUUCCCGUGGGAAAACGUGCAGACUCGGCCAUUAUGAAGAUUAAAAAAAUUCCGCACGAAGACCUGGAAAAGGCAAAGAAAAUCGCGUCCUUGGCCCUCAAGCAGGCGGACCAACUCAAGAGAUAUCGCGACACCGUCAAUGGCCUCGAGAAGGAGACAUCUAGCGCUCAAACAUGCUAUGACAACUACCAGAAGAAGAGCCAACAGGCUCUCAACGACCCGCUUAGCAUUGGUGACUGCGACAAGAAAUACUUUCAAGUCCAGUCUCUGCUCGGAAAGGCCCGCAGCAUAAGUGAAGAGCGUGAUUUUCCCGAUAGCUCCUGGAUCUAUGACGUGAAGCUACCGGAUGUGCGCGACGGCCGCACCAGUCUGCAAGGCGAGGAAACAAAACAGCUGCAGGACAUCCUCCAGGCCUUGACAAAGAUUGCCGGACAGGCAGUGACAAUCCAAAAGCAGGCGGAGCGGCUGCAAGACUACCACAGCAAAAUGCAGGGCCUCGACGCCGCCAUCUCAGAGAACAAGAAGUGCUACAGCGCGUUUUACGAAAAGGCCAAGAAGGACGGAGUCGAGUCGGUGGAGGCCCUCGAGGCCGCCAUGAAGCCUUGCAACGAGGGCUACGCCCAAGUCCAGGCCAAGCUCGGCGAAGCUCAGAAACUCGCCAAGGAGGCCGACUUCCCGGGCGCAGACGUCCUGGCGCGUUUCGAGCUGCCCAACCUGCGCGAUGGCUUUGAGAGCAGCCAGGAUGCCGAGACGCAAAAGUACUGGCAGGAGCUCGAGGAACUUACAAAGGCAAAGGACGGCACGGCUGAGGUGAUAAAGGAGGACAGCAAGGAGGCAAAAGAGCUUGAUGCAGCCGUCGCUGGGGAAAUAGACUCGGUUGUAAACGCGACGCUGCACAACUGGGUCAAGUAUGUGGCACUCCAGGAGGUGAAGAACGGAGCAUCGGCUGAGGCGGCUAUGAAGUCGGCCAAGGAGCAGGGGGCUAAGUUUAUACAGGAGUUGCUGAAGAAGUCGGAUGAAAUAGCUGAUAGUGCCAUCAAAGACCUUCCCGAGAGGUAG